ACCAGGCAAAGUGGAGAGUGGACUGUGGAGACAACUAGCAGUCCAUCUUUGACUAUAUAGUCAAAGACUCCAGCAUAUUUGCCGAGCAUUCGUGACUCACCGGCGAGAAAAAAAAGUGAACAUUUACGAUGCUUGGCAGAGUGAAGGUGCGUACGACUGCGGAACAGGAGGAGAUCAAGAAGCAGGAAAGGGCGGUCAAAGUUUCCCAGUACAAGGCUGACUUUACCAUAGUAUCUCAAAAGAGGAAUAUAUUAGAGGUUAAGAAAUGGGGCCUUGAGUUAUUGAAUGUUACUAAGCGUAUACUGUUGAACAACUCGGACAUUUAUACACUGUGGAAUGUCCGUCGCCAAGUUUUCGAGAAUAAAAAAUGGAGCGAAGUAGAGUACAAACUAAUGCUCGAGAAUGAGAUGAUCUUGACCGAGCGGUGCCUCAGAGAAAAUCCCAAGUCGUAUAGCUUGUGGCACCAAAGGUGUUGGGUGAUGGAACGGAUGCCUGAACCAGAUUGGAAGAAAGAAUUGUCAAUGUGUGCAAAAUGCCUAAACCUAGACGAAAGAAAUUUUCACUGCUGGGAUUACAGAGAGUUUGUUGUACAAAAAGCUGGGAUCUCUAACGAGGAGGAGCUCGAGUUCUCCACUACGAAAAUACUGAGUAACUUUCCAAACUACUCGUCUUGGCACUACAGAAGCCGAAUACUAACCAAAAUGUUUGGCACUACAUCCAAAGAGAUACCGAUUGUAGACGAUAUAUACAGAGAGGAGCUCAAUCUAGUUAUGAACGCAACACUUACCGACCCCAAUGAUAGCGCAUGGUUCUACCAAAGAUGGCUUUUAGACGAGUCCAGGACAACUUGUAGGCUGUGGCGUGCUGAAAUUGAGAAAGAUGGAGCUGCCGUUAUCAUCGAUAACAAUGGUCUAAUUCAACCAAUUUCACUUGAAUUAUUUGUAAAUGGCGAAAUGGUUGAUUAUCUCUCAUGGUAUUUAUAUCCAGAUGAAGAGUUUGCCAAGCUACGUAUUGUAGAGUUUGACGAAUCGUUAGAAAAUUUAGAUCAUGCCAAAGAAGUUUCUGUAAAGCUACAAGAAACAGUAUAUCAGCUUUCAUAUUCAGAGUUAACAAGUUCAUGGAUUUACAAAGAUAAAUCAAGCUUGCACAAACAAAAUAGCAACGAUAAGCAAUUAAAUGAACAAUUGAAAUGCUACAACCAACUUUCCAAAAUGGAACCAAAUAACAAGUGGGCCUUAUUAACCAGUGUAUUACUGAUGAAGAAGAUUGAUUUCAAAAAAUUUUAUACCGACAUAUUAGAUCGUCUGUCGGCGCUGACAAAAGUCGACAGUCUUCGCAAGAAUUAUUACAAAGAUUUGCGAAGCAAAUUUGUAGUGGAGUACAACCUACUCGAGAUAUGGAAAAAGGAAAGCGAUUUAGAAAUACAGCCAAAGAUCGAUUUGUCGGGAUUAGACUUGACAAAAUUGCACAAUAAUCAUUACUUUAGCUUCUUUGAAGAAGUGAAAUUUGGUGCGAACCAACUAAAAAAUUCUUUGUAUCAGCUUUCCAUAUUGCAACGCUGCGUGAAAUUGUCACUGUGCAGUAAUGGCUUGACAUCACUGAAACAUUUUCCUAUUUUAUACAAUCUCAAAGUUCUUAUUUUGAGAGAUAACAUGUUAACGAGCACCGAGGAGAUAGUCUACUUAAUAGAAGCGCACGCAAAGUUGAGAAUGCUAGAUCUACGAAAUAAUCCAGUAUGCGAAAAGAUCGAUAUAGCUGAAAUUAAAAGACAGCACAAAAUAUUUAUAAUCGUCUAGACGAGCCUUGACACAUUUCCUAACCUAUCAGGGCGAAUUCUGGAUCGGAAAUAUAAAAAUGGCAUAUACAUUAGAUUAAUAGAAUUCUGCGUAUUUCAAAUAAUAAUAUAUCAAUGUACGUAACACAUUAUUUAAGUAUUAAUGUGUAACUCAUUUAUUUAGAUAUCUUUAAUAUGUCUAUUAUAAAUAUUUCAAAGAUAUCUUUUAAGAUGUCUUUUAGAUGUCUUUUAGACAUCUUUUAGAUAUCUUCUAGAAAUAUCUUGAAGAUAUAUUUUUAGAAAUGUUUUAGACAUCUAUGUAUUGUUCAGGACUACUAAAUAAAUGUUAUAAAUGUAAUACUUACUAAAAAUACAUGUGUUAAACAUUAAAUCAAGAAA